ACUUUAGAACUAAGUUAACGUUACAUGCUGCUUACAGUAUGCUUAAACUGACUGCGAUUACUUUGGAGUAGUGAUGGGAGAAAGAAAUGAAGCUUUUCGAAACUUUGUAUCAAUUGAACCAGUUGCUUCAGAAAAUGAUUACAUUUUAUUUGAACCACUCGAAACGCAGUGUUUUGAGUUUGAAAUCGUCCUAUUUCGAGACGAGUAUAUGAUUUCUGUCUGUGUUGUUCCUAAACGUCGUGCAUAAUAUGUACAAAUACACUUAGUUUGUAGCUAAUAGAAUAAAAACAGUCGUUCUAGUAAACUGUUCUAGAGAAUGAGGGGCAUUUUGUAGUGGUUGGUGUAACAGUUAGGUUAAUAUCUCUUGAUCUAACUGCGUUGAACUUUAACACGGUUUCUCAAGUACACAAGUGAAGCAGUAAGGAUGUCCAGUUCAAGAAAAGUGGUCGAGUUGUUCUAUGAUGUUGUUUCUCCGUAUUCGUGGCUGGCAUUUGAGGUGCUGUGUCGCUAUAGAAAUGUUUGGAACAUCGACCUCAAAUUUAAACCGGCAUAUUUAGGGGGAGUCAUGCAUGAGUCAGGAAACCGGCCCCCUGGAAUGGUCCCAAAUAAGUUUCAUUACAUGACCACAGAUCUGAAGCGGCUGUCUGACUAUUUUGGGGUCCAUGUGUCUCCACCUUCAAAUGUUUUUGAGGCAAUGUUUGAGAAAGGCACACUGAAUGCGAUGCGUUUUGUGACAGCUGUAGCAGAGAAGGAAAAAGGGGGAGACAUGCUGGUGGAGAGGGUAUCUAGAGAGCUCUGGAAAAGAAUCUGGAGUACUGAUCAGGAUAUUACCCAACCUGCCUCACUCACUGAGGCAGGAUUAAAGGCAGGUCUCUCAGCCAAUGAGGUGGAGGCAAUUCUGACUCUUUCGAAAUCUCAGCCAAUCAAAGACAAACUGAAGAGUGUCACACAGGAAGCACUGGAGCAUAAAUGCUUUGGUUUUCCUUUCAUUGUGUGUUAUGUGAAUGGGAAGCCUGAGGUCUUCUUUGGUUCUGACAGAUUUGAGCUCAUGGCUCAUUGCAUCGGGGAGAAGUGGGUGGGGCCUCAGCCUGCCAACCCCAGAGCCAAAAUGUGAUAGAUGCUCUUCUAUAUUUCUAAUUAAAAUUUUUAAAUGGUGUAAAUUCAUAACGCUCUUACAAUAUAAACAUACUGAAUACAAAAGAGAGGGGGAAAAAGCAUUGGGAGACAGAAAUAAUAACAUUUGUCUUUAUACUAUACUGUUCAAAAGUUGUUGUUUUUUUGUGCUCACCAAGGCUGCAUUAAUUGAAUUAAAAAUACUGUAAAAACUGUAA